UCUUUUAAUUGUGGAUAAUCAAAAAGUAGUAAUAAAGUAAAACAUUUUAUAUCGACGAUCAAGUGGACAAGACAUAAUAGUUAGUGAAGAUGGCCCGGCGACCUCCAAGCUACGAGAUUUUAUUAGAAGAAAAGACAAAGGAAAUACUAAAGCUUUUUAAAGGCGAGAGAACUGGCUUUGUUCUUGUGGGCACCAAAAAGUACUUUUUUCCUUUCAGAUAUGUCGAACAGGGUGAAGGCUUUUAUAAUUUUAAAGCCCGAUCAGACGAUAUCUGGAUGACUUCAUACCCAAGAUCGGGAACGACUAUGGCACAGGAGCUCAUAUGGCUUUUAGCCAAUGAUUUGAACUUUGAUGUAGCGAAAAAGCGUCCACUUACCGAAAGAUUUCCCUUUCUGGAGUUUAGUUUAUUUAAUCAUCCUGAAGUGACCCAAGAAUUCUUAUCAAUGAAUAAAAAUGACGAAAUGAAGCAAGAACUAUGUCGGGAAAUAGCUAAGCCUGGUUAUGAAGUUAUCGCUAAAAUACAAUCACCUCGAUUUAUAAAAAGCCAUUUUCCUUUUAGCAUGUUGCCUGGACUUUUAGAUACUUGUAAGGUCGUUUACAUCGCUCGCAAUCCAAAAGACGUCGUUACGUCUUGGUAUCAUUUAAACACGUCUAUUUUGACUCAAGGAUAUAUCGGUGAUUUUCCUACCUUUUUAGAAUAUUUUCAAAAUAACUUGACGCCUUGGUCGCCAUAUUGGGAUCAUUUAAAAGAAGCCUGGAAUUUGAGGAAUUCUCCAAAUCUUCUAUUUUUAUUUUAUGAGGAGGUAACAUACAAUUUUCCAAAAGCAAUUAAGAAAGUAGCAAAAUUUUUGGGUAAAACGUACACUGACGAAGAAAUUAACAAAGUGGCAAAUCAUCUUAAUGUCGAAAAUUUUCGGAACAAUCCGAUGGUGAAUCAUUCUGAAUUAAAGGCUUGCGGAAUCAUGAAGAAAGGUUCUUUUGUUCGAAAAGGAAUAAACGGCGAUUGGAAAAACCAUUUUACUCCAGAAUUAGAUGCACAGAUAGAGAAAUGGAUUGAAGAAAAUCUUAAAGAUACUGAUCUACGUUUCCCAUCUUUCAACAAUGGCAUAAAUAACGACAAUUGAAAAUAAUCAAAAAAAUUAAAGAAAUUUCAAUCUUGAAUACAGCUUGAUUAAAGAAUGUACAUAUUUUUAAGUUUUAUAUAUUUAAACAGAAUAAUUACA